GCAUUCUACCAUAGAACACUCGGUAUGAGCUCUAGGCAAGUUAAAGAUCUGUCUAUCAUCAUCACGAGUUUCUACAUGAAAUUCGUUGGUUUUUGGCUGGCGAAUAAUUACGUCGAGAAACGUCGCAGGAACGUUGCGUUGAGUUAUACGUUAUUCGCCGUCCUCCUCUCCCUAUCGACCGAGGCGAGGGAUUUGUACUUCAGUUGGGGAGAUCUUGUUGUGGUCAAAAUCUUCAUUUUGUUAAUAUAUAACGAAGAGCUGCUUGACAUAAUCGGUUAUGCGAAAAUAAAUUUUUGGCACUUGAAUUACGACUCACACGAGCAAAUGAUCGUGGAUAACUGCAGACUAAACUAUGGAAAAAAUGAAUCCGAGCGAAUACUUCCGUUUAACAUGUGGCUCCCCGAAUGUCAUCUAUCCAUGACACCAUAUUUCGAAUUAAUGUUCAUGCUACAGGUUUUACAUUAUUUUACUUUACAAUUAUUUGUUGUAUGCUCGUAUCAUGUUGGUGUGUGCUACCAUUGCUUCGACAAUGUUUUAUGCAUUUUAAAUCUACACACUGCUGCACAGUUUCGUAUCUUGCAAUAUAGACUUGCAAAUAUGUGCAACACGAACGACUGUGCAGAAUUCUACGAAGUUUCGGAAAAGUUAUCAUACAGUAUACAUCGAUACGGAAAGCUUAGGACUUACAUUCAACAACACCAAGCACUCACUGAUUUUUGUAAAAAACUCGAAGAUGUAUUCAACUUGAUUGUACUCGGACAGGUGUCGCUAUUCAGCUUAUUAAUCUGCCUCGAUGGGUAUUUGAUACUUAUGGAUGAUGCUCCCGCUACAAGACGCUUUACUUUCGCCUUUCAUAUAACGGGUUGCAUGUGUCAACUGUUGAUGUUCACCUAUAGUUGCGAUUGUCUGAUACGAGAUAGUGCGAACGUAGCUAAUGCCGCGUAUAAGAGCUUAUGGUCGCGCUUACCGAUGGACCAAUUUGGAAAAAUAUUACGCAAGGACUUAAUACUGGUUAUCAUGAGGUCCGCGACACCCUCUUGUUUGACUGCUUGUGGAUUCUUCACUGUGUCAUUGGAAACUUACACCGGGGUAAGCGCAGACGUAACACGUAUAGUUGAAAAUCCUGUAAAUAUGUACCUUUCUUAG